CAGCCAGGAGGGAGGAGGGACAGAAGCUUUCAACCCCACCCAAGAGCCAGCAGUCUUUUUGAAGAUCCAAGGGAACUGGUACAAAGGAUUCUGGGAUGUGGGAUGGCCCCUUACCCCUCAGGGCAGAAUGCAGCUCCAGCCACAUUGGUGUACCCCCAAACUCCUCAAACAAUGAACACACAGCCUCAGACCCGCUCGCCGCCCAGCAGAACAGUGCCAAUACAUUGCACAGACAACUGGAAGAGGAGGAAGGUUUUGGAACAGAAUCCGGUUUACAGGUCCCUGGCUGGAAGAGGCUGGAUAAAAUACUGCAUUAGCCGAUUAAAAGUUAGAAUUUUCCAUGGAACAGUGAUAAGACAGUUUGCAGCGGGGCCUCGACCUGCCCAUCACCAGGGAGGAUUCAGACCCAUCCAGUUUUUUCAGCGGCCUCAACUACAGCCUUCUAGAGCUGCCAUCCAGAACAGCAGCCCUUCUAUCCGUCCUGGUGCGCAAACACCAACUGCAGUCUAUCAAACCAACCAACACAUCAUGAUGGUUAACCAUCUGCCAAUGCCGUAUCCAAUGCCCCAGGGCCCCCAGUACUGUAUACCACAGUAUCGUCAUAGUGGCCCUCCUUAUGUUGGGCCUCCACAGCAGUAUCCUGUUCAGCCACCAGGGCCAGGCCCAUUUUAUCCAGGCCCGGGUCCUGGAGAAUUCCCCAAUGCCUACGGAACACCAUUCUACCCAAGUCAGCCAGUGUAUCAGUCAGCACCCAUCAUAGUGCCUACACAGCAGCAGCAGCAGCAGCCUCCACCAGCUAAAAGAGAGAAAAAAACAAUCCGAAUCCGGGAUCCAAACCAGGGCGGCAAAGAUAUAACGGAAGAAAUAAUGUCUGGAGGAGGCAGCAGGAACCCUACGCCUCCCACUGUGAGACCCACCCCCACGCCUACCCCUCCUCAGCAGCUGUCCAGCCAGGUCCCAGAGCACAGCCCUGUGGUUUAUGGGACUGUGGAGAACACUCAUCUCGCUGCCAGCACCUCUGUCACUGCAACUAGCGACCCGAAGCAAGAAGAGAAGCCAAAACCAGAUCCAGUAUUAAAAUCUCCUUCCCCAGUCCUCAGACCAGAGCCUAGUGGGGAGAAAAAAGAUCAAGCUGGCCAGACAUCUGAGGCUGCCUCAGUGGAAUCACCACCAGAACUUCCUCUUGCUGCAUCGCCAGUCCCUCUUGCUCCUAUUGCAGUUGUUGCUGCUGCUGUUGCUGUUUCUAGUAAAUCUGCAUUCAGAGCUGACUCAGAGGAGAGAUGUGAACUAACUUCCCCAAAAGAGGAAACAAUACCUAUAUCCAAUGCCACACCCUGCACAGAAGAAUCAGACCUUUCACCAACAGAAGAGGCUGAUGCUGACACAUGCAAGGAGCCUAGUACGGUAGCAACUAGUUAUAUUCCAGUGACUGCUAGUACUAAUCGAAUUAAUGAAAUUAAUGGAGUUAAUGAAAAAGUAACUGCUGCAGAUGGCAUAGCAGAAAUAGUUCAACAGGAAGUUGCACCAUUGACUGUUGAAUUGGAGAUUUUGGAAGGCUUUCCUGCAGAAGUGGAAAGUGUACCAUCUUCCAUUGCUCUUUCCACCUCUCCCUCUCCUCCUCUAACUCCUCCUAUUCCUGUUUCUGCUGCUGUUACCACUACAACACCUCCUUCCUCUCCUCCUCCUCCUCCAAUUUCCCUCCCUGCUGUUCAGGGAGAUUUACAUGGAGAGGAGAGCAGAAGAACUACCCUUAACAAAGUUGUAAAAGAUACUCAGAACAAAGAAGAGGUGGAAGCAGAUGGGCAACCAGAGGAGAAUUCAGAGUCUGAGAAUUUAAACUCCAGGAAGAACCCUGUAGCAGCCCAAACAGCUGUAGCUGCACCAAAGAUGUGGAAGAAACCAAAAGAUCGGACCCAAGCCGCUGAGGAGGUGUUAGAGGCGGAAACAGAGCGUAAAGCAGAAGAGGAACUUUCAGGUGACAAAGUACCUGAAUCUGAACAGGAUAAAAUGAGCCAUGGGUUCCACCUGGAAAGAGAUACUUCUGAACUUAAAAAAGCAAAAGUUGUGGAAGAAAAUGGAGAGCAGGAAGCAGAGCCUCUACGUAACGGUGCUGAGUGUGUUUCAGAGAGGGAAGAACCUGAUGCUAAUUCAGGCUCCACAGAGAGCUCUGGUGAAGGGCUAGUAUACCAGUAUAAACCAGAACAGUGGAAGCCCAUGAAUCCUGAAGGGAAGAAGCAAUACGAUAGGGAGUUCCUGCUGGAUUUCCAGUUCAUGCCUGCCUGUAUACAGAAACCGGAAGGGCUGCCUCCUAUUAGUGAUGUGGUCCUCGACAAGAUUAAUCAGCCAAAAUUGCCAAUUCGAACUCUGGACCCUCGGAUAUUGCCUCGAGGACCAGACUUCACACCAGCCUUUGCCGAUUUCGGGAGGCAAACCUCCGGGGGAAGGGGUGUAGCUGCCUGCAAAGUGCAGAACAACCCCGGAUUACCUUCUGUGGCUCGGUGUGGCACCCCAGCAUGCCCUCUCUUGGUCUCAUCUCACCCACCAUUGAGGAACCUGCCAAUAGGGGCAGUCUCUUCAGUGGUGGGUGGGACAUCACCAGUAGAGGGCAUGCUGGGACGUUGGCCUGAGCAGGAUCCGCAAGGGGUCUGCACUUUGCAGACCUGUGGAAAGGGGGAGACAAGCUACUCUGAAACCAGUUUUAAGGAGGUUUUGAUUGACUUUGUUGGUUUUGUAGGUGUCCAGAGGGUAGAUGAAGGUGGAUGGAACACUGUUCAGGGGACAAAGAAUAGUCGUGUGCUUGAUCCCACCAAAUUCCUUAAAAUCACCAAGUCCACAAUAGAUGAGAAGAUUCAGCUUGUGCCUAAAGCCCAGUUGGGCAGCUGGGGGAAGGGCAGCAGUGGUGGAGCAAAGGCCAGUGAGAUUGAGUCCUUACGACCAAGUGCCACUAGUUUGAACAGAUUUUCUGCACUGCAGCUCCCAGUGUCGUCUGUGUCUUCUUCUGUAUCUUCAGAGUUAGACUCUCGCAGGGCCUUAACUAGUCGUGGGAGCACAGGCAGAGAGAAGAAUGACAAACCACUGCCAUCUUCAGUCACCCGUCCAAACACCUUCCUGCGGGGUAGCAGCAAUAAAGAGCUGCUGCUAGACAAUCAGGCACAAGAAGAACAACGGCGAGAGAUGCUAGAGACAGUGAAACAGCUAACAGGUGGCAUGGAUAUGGAGAGAAACAUCACAGAGACAGACAGGAACAAAGCCAAGGAAAUAGCCAAGCCAGAAACUCCCACAGCUCCAGUACAAGACAAAUCUUCACUGUCAGAAGAGGAAAUGGAGAGAAAGUGCAAAUCCAUCAUUGAUGAGUUCUUGCACAUAAAUGAUUAUAAGGAAGCAAUGCAAUGUAUGGAGGAAUUGCAUGCACAGAGUCUGCUGCCCAUUUUUGUGCGAGUCGGAGUGGAGUCUACUCUCGAGAGGAGUCAGAUCACCAGGGAUCACAUGGGCCAGUUACUAUAUCAGUUGGUGCAGUCAGAAAAGCUAAGCAAACAGGACUUCUUCAAGGGGUUUUCAGACACCUUGGAGCUGGCAGAUGAUAUGGCCAUUGAUAUACCACAUAUUUGGUUGUAUCUAGCUGAAUUGGUGACCCCCAUGUUAAAAGAAGGCGGAAUCUCUAUGAGAGAACUUAUAAUAGAAUUUAGCAAACCUUUACUUCCUGUGGGAAGAGCUGGGGUCUUGCUUUCUGAAAUAUUGCACCUUCUAUGCAAACAAAUGAGCCAUAAGAAAGUAGGAGCCUUAUGGAGGGAGGCUGGCCUCAGUUGGAAGGACUACUUACCUGAAGGGGAGGAUGUACAUACCUUUCUCAUAGAGCACAAGUUGGACUUCACAGUGUCUGACUGUUCCAGUUCCUCAGAAGCACUUUCAGAGGAAGAACUCUCUGCUGACGAACUGAACAAACAGCUAGAAAAACUCAUUAUUGAGGACAAGGCGAAUGAUGAACAAAUCUUUGAUUGGGUAGAGGCUAAUCUAGAUGAAGGCCAAAUGAGUUCACCUACAUUCCUUAGAGCUUUAAUGACAGCAGUUUGUAAAGCAGCCAUUAUAGCGGAUUCGUCUAGUUUCCGUGUGGACACUGCUGUUAUCAAGCAGAGAGUGCCGAUCUUACUCAAGUACCUAGACUCAGAUACAGAGAAGGAACUACAAGCACUUUAUGCACUACAAGCAUCAAUAGUAAAACUUGAUCAGCCUCCUAAUCUGUUGCGGAUGUUUUUUGAUUGCCUGUAUGACGAGGAGGUGAUAUCAGAGGAUGCCUUCUACAAAUGGGAAAGCAGCAAGGACCCAGGAGAGCAGAAUGGGAAAGGAGUAGCACUGAAAUCAGUCACAGCGUUCUUCACAUGGCUACGAGAGGCUGAAGAGGAAUCAGAGGAUAAUUAAAACUUAAAAUACAGAAAACAAAACAAAAAAAAGAAACAAUUUAAGUAUUUUUUUAAAAAGUUUCACGUCUUCGCCAAUCACAGUGCAGCAAGGCCAAUUCUCGCGCAUAACCCCCUCCUUCCCCCACAUAUGCACGAGUGGGAGAGGAAAAAAAAUAGAUAAACAUAAAGGUGAUCAUGGAGGAAAAAGGUACUUGGGGAAAAAAAGUAAACUUCAAACCUGAGGGCGGGAGCACUAAACCAAAAUACAUGUAUUAUUUAUAGAAAAUAUUUUCUGUUUUAAUCAUUUUUUCUUUUCUUUUUAAACAAGGACUCAUACUUUAAAAAACAGAUCUGUUUAGCAAAAAAAAAGUUGAAAACUUUAAUUUAUUAUUUUAAGGACUGCAAAUGCCAGUGUAAUUUUUACAUUUGCAGUUUCUGUAAACAAAUUGUAUGAUAGAAAAAAGCAGAGAAAUAAAUUACCCUCCCUUUCA